CGUUUCGUAUUCCACUCCUUCACUCACACAGAAACAAAAAGUAUAAUCGGAAUUCACAGAGCCAAAGCCUUUGCUUUCUUCUGGUUCUUCUAAUCUCUGCAAAAACACUGCCCUAUAUAUAAAUCGGAAAGCCAAUAUAGGGAGGUGGUGAAGAAAAUGACGGAGGUGGCGAGCUCAGUGGUGCACGAGGUCCUGGGCCAGAGGGCUCAGGACGUGGAUGAACCUAUCAUCGACUACAUCAUCAAUGUCCUCGCCGACGACGACUUCGACUUUGGCCUCGAAGGCGAGGGCGCUUUCGAUGCCGUCGGCGAGCUUCUAGUCGCCGCCGGAUGUGUCUCCGACUUCAACGAGUGUCGCUCGGUUUGCAGCACACUGUGUGAAAAGUUUGGAAAGCAUGGGCUGGUCAAAGAUAAACCAAUCAUGCGAAGCCUUGCAACACCAUUAAGAAUGAAUGAUGGAAUGGAUGAGGAGGAAGCACCAAAGAAGAAACCUGAGCCAAUAGAAGGUCCUGUUCUAACAGAACGUGACAAAGCGAAGAUGGAAAGAAAAAAGAGGAAGGAAGAACGCCAAAGAGAGUCAGAAUUCCAAAUGCAUUUAGCAGAAAUGGAAGCAACCAGGGCAGGGAUGCCUGUUGUUUGUGUAAAUCAUGAUGGUGGUGGUGGACCGGCUGUCAAGGACAUCCAUAUGGAGAACUUCAAUAUCUCUGUGGGUGGUCGUGAUCUCAUUGUGGAUGGUACAGUCACACUGUCAUUUGGAAGACACUAUGGCCUUGUUGGAAGAAAUGGCACUGGGAAAACAACUUUCCUUAGAUACAUGGCUAUGCACGCCAUUGAUGGUAUCCCUGACAAUUGUCAGAUAUUGCAUGUUGAGCAAGAGGUGGCUGGUGAUAAUACAACUGCAUUGCAGUGUGUUCUUAACACUGAUAUUGAGAGAACCCAGCUUUUGGAAGAAGAAGCUCAAUUAAUCGCCCAGCAGAGAGAAUUGGAGGUAGAGGAUGCAACCAGAAAGAGCAAUGGGGAACCGAAUGGGGUUAUGGACAAAGAUGUUACGGCACAAAGGCUUGAGGAGAUAUACAAAAGGCUUGACGCAAUUGAUGCUUAUUCUGCAGAGUCACGUGCAGCCACCAUUCUUGCGGGCCUCAGUUUCUCUCCAGAGAUGCAGCAGAAGGCUACAAAAGCUUUUUCUGGAGGAUGGAGAAUGCGAAUUGCUCUUGCUCGUGCGCUGUUUAUAGAGCCCGAUUUGUUGCUACUAGAUGAACCCACAAACCAUCUUGAUCUUCAUGCGGUUCUAUGGCUGGAAACUUACCUUACGAAAUGGCCAAAAACAUUCAUAGUUGUUUCUCAUGCAAGAGAAUUCUUGAACACGGUAGUCACGGAUGUUCUUCAUCUACAAGCGCAAAAAUUGACCGCUUACAAGGGGAAUUAUGAUACAUUUGAGAGGACACGGGAGGAACAGCUUAAGAACAAACAGAAAGCAUUUGAGGCAAAUGAACGCUCCAGAUCUCAUAUGCAGGCCUUUAUUGACAAGUUCCGCUACAAUGCAAAGAGGGCAUCUCUUGUGCAGUCAAGAAUUAAGGCAUUGGAUCGGAUGGGUUAUGUGGAUGAAGUUGUCAAUGACCCUGACUACAAAUUUGAGUUCCCAACUCCAGACGACAGACCUGGCCCUCCUAUAAUAAGCUUCAGUGACGCAUCAUUUGGUUAUCCUGGAGGGCCCUUACUGUUUAAGAAUUUGAAUUUUGGAAUUGAUUUAGACAGCCGCAUUGCAAUGGUUGGCCCAAAUGGUAUUGGCAAAUCAACUAUACUCAAACUAAUUUCAGGGGAACUACAACCAAGCAUGGGGACUGUUUUCCGUUCUGCUAAGGUUCGAAUUGCUGUUUUUAGUCAGCACCAUGUGGAUGGGCUUGACUUAACUUCAAAUCCUCUUUUGUACAUGAUGCGCUGCUACCCAGGUGUGCCUGAACAGAAGCUCCGAUCUCACUUGGGUUCUUUAGGUGUUACUGGAAAUCUUGCACUUCAGCCAAUGUACACGUUGUCUGGUGGUCAGAAAAGCAGAGUUGCAUUUGCUAAGAUAACUUUUAAGAAACCACACAUACUGUUGCUUGAUGAGCCAUCCAAUCAUCUGGAUUUGGAUGCAGUGGAAGCACUAAUUCAGGGUCUUGUUUUGUUUCAAGGAGGCAUUCUCAUGGUUAGCCACGAUGAGCACUUAAUCUCUGGUAGUGUAGAGGAGCUAUGGGCGGUAUCGGAAGGAAAGGUGACACCAUUCCAUGGCACAUUCCAGGAUUACAAGAAGAUGCUGCAGUCAUAGAAGAAAAACUUGUCCAAUUCAAUCUUUUUUGAGAUGUAGUCCUUUAAUUGAUUGCAGCAAAUUAUAGGGAUGUGAACACGUUCCAAAAAUUGUAGAAACGAUUUUGAAGUUUGUCCCAGUCGUCUAGUUGGGAAUCUAUAAAGAUAAAUUAUGCUAAAAGAAUGAGAGAUGUAGUUAACUGGCCAGUGUAUUUUGAUUGUACAAUAUAAUUAUAUUGGCUUCAAUUUUCAAUGAA